AUGACACAAGAGCGCUUUGUGGAACUCGAGGAUCUUGAAUUUGUGUGGGACGGGGCAGCUUGGAAUGGGCGCAAGGAUUCGCGGUUGACAAUCGACGAAAAUUCUGAGCUCCAGAAUCUUGGAUUUGAUGGUGGCGUUGUUAUUGGAACCUCUGCAGCAAAUGACGACGAUGAUGACAAAUCGUCGUCUACGACGGAGGAGUCAGUAUGCGGCCAAGCCCAGGGAAGCAAAUCUAAAAGGAAGUACAGUUGUGACGCUUCUCCUGACAAGACGACUAGUAGAGACGAUGACGACAAUUACCAUUAUGAUGACGAAUCGUCGUCUGAAGUGUCAGAAUGCGAGACUCGCCAAACACGGGGAGUGGCAUCUAGAAAGAAGGACAAGCGUUAA